GCAACUGGAAUUUUUUUUUAGUGCUUUUGUUGCGGUUUAGAGAAAGUCUCAAGGGUGAAAUAUGCAUCUUCUUUCCUUUGAUAGUUCUCCGGUCCCUGGAUGGCUUGGAUUUACCCAUGAACCAAAAAAUGAGUGUCCUUAGGAUGGUUGAAAAGGUUUGCAAGGAUCUUCAGAUGCUUGUUGACAUAUUUGUGAACUAUGACUGUGAUCUUGAGGCACCGAACUUGUUUGAGCGGAUGAAUAUCUCAAGGGAUGCAAAAUGCAGAUCCAAUAUGGUUGUUGCGUCCCAGACUACUUCAAUAAAGGGUUCAUCUCUUCUGUGUCUUGUGAAUGUGCUUAAAUCACUCGUAGAUUGGGAAAAGUCAUGUGGAGAAUCAGAUAGAAUAAAAACACUUAGUCUCUGGAAGGAGAUGCUUCAGCUAAAGAGUCUGUUGAUGUGAAAAGCA